CUACUCAUACUGGUACAAUUUUUUACGAGAGUUUGCACACCCUGUUUAGGACUGAUUUUGGGGGUCAGCAUCUUGCGUGAUGAUUACGCUAAAUUAGGUUUAGAUCAUAUUGUUAGGUCGUUUAAUUUGUACUAAUUGACUGAAAUACUCUUAUUAUGGCUUCCUUGGUUGCGGAUUACGGGACCUCCUCCGGUUCGGACAACGAGACGAGCGACGACAUUUCAGAUAAUGCCUUUAAGGAUGCUCAAGAGUUGGAGAAGGAGAGCGAGGAAGAAGAAUAUGAGAAAGAUGAGAAUAGAGAGAACGGCGAACACAUGAAAUUGAUUGAAACAGCAGCUUCCAAAGAAAAGCUUCCAUUGCCUACGCCGGAUUUCAAUAGCGCACCUACGUUGCUGAGGACUUCCGUAUUCUCGAAUCCAUUUGUGGAGGCGGAGCGAGCGAAAAGCGCGAUCCUGGAGAAGCACGUGAAAAUGACACCCACUCUGGAUGACACAAAGAUGAUAAACGGCCGCAAGAUCUGCUGGAAUUAUCGGAAGGGCCGUUGUCGUUUCGGUCACAAUUGCACUUUCGCCCACGAUUCGGACCUGCAUCGCAGCGCAGCUGAAAUGGAAGCCUUACGAGUUCCACAGGAGACGUUGGUCUGCCAAACUCGAUACAACAACGGACAACAGCUGCAGCAGAUGCUGUCGACUGCGAACGACGACGACAAUGAAGUGGAUCAAGAGAACAAUCAGACGACAAACAAAAAGCGCAAGAAGAGGCCCGGCCUGAGCCAGUCCUUACUUCCAAGCAAAAGGGUCUUCAAACUGUACAAAGCGCAACAACAACAAACCAAAACCGUUGCUAGAUGAAUAUUAUUUGUUCGGUAUAGCAGCAAGAAGGAAAAUUGUCUUUUAGCCAAAUUGUUUCACGCUCUUCGCAAGAACGCAAAUCGAAAAGUACGCGCAAUGAGCAAUUUUACGAAGCAUCGAAAAAGACGGCGCUUUAAAAAUGUAUCUUGUAGAAAAUUUCUGCUGGUUGAAAGUUAGAAAAAAAAAUUUUCGGAAGACGAGUUGAAAGAAAUUUUAGAGGAUAAAAAAAAUCAUGAAGAAAAUCACAGGGUAGAAGAGAAAAUAUCAUUGCGAAUAGUUUUCAAUUUGCCUUUCUAUUACGCUUCAGUUGAGAAUCGUAAUUCUACCUUUUUAAAAAUGGCAGGAUCGGAAGCCAUUAGUGUACACCGAGAAGCUAACGAGCUCUCGCGUGUCUCACCUAAGAUUUAGAUUAAUAUUAAACGAUUAAACGUUGAGUAGGAAAGCGAUACAAGUAUGAGAGAAAGAAAAAGAUCAAAUUCCGAGUUAUGCUUCCAAUGAACACACCUGCAAUUUGUAAGAUAAGAACUUUGUUCGAGAAACUUUUAUCUCGCGUAAAUUUGCAAAGGGUUACUCAAUGUAUAAAGCGCGCCAGUACGCGGGUUUCUCGAGACACGCGUAAAAUGUCUUCUCGUUAUCCUGUUUUCCCAUAUUUAUUAUUUACUAGAUAUUAGAGAUACUUAUGAGAGAAAACCAAAUAAUAUAUUACGGUACUAUUGUAACGAUAAGAUAGACUGUAUCGUAACAAUAUGUGAGAAUCCAUUUUGUGAAGAAAUUUUUCGACGAAAUUGGAGUAAACCUUGACACACAUAUAAAGACAUCCUGUAUAUACAGGACGAUCCGCGUCGAGCGCACCGUGCGAUAACGGCACAUUCUUGAGAUCAUUUUUAGAUGAAAGUCCAAAAUGUCGAGGCUGUAAUAGUUUUUAAACGGCAAGCAUUAAAAGCUGAUCAAUCAAGUCGCUCCGUAUUCGCGCACUCAGGCACGGCACAUCGCACAGUGAUGAAGGCGUCUUCGGAUAUCGAUCUGCUUUUAUUUUUUAUUAUACGUAAAGUAUUUAAAAACGAAUUGAUAUCUGAAAGUAUCCUCAUUUUCGCGCGAUAUCUGAGCACACGAAUUUGGAGCAACUCGAUUGGAUCAACUUUAUACAAACGCUUCCCGUUUAAAAACUAUUAUAUUCUCGACGUUUCGGAUUUUCAUCCCAAAACGAUCUCAGAAAUGUGUCGCUCAAUGCGGGACACCCCGUGUAUAUAUAUAUAUAUGUAUCUGAUAACGACACACUUCCAUGCGCUUCUGUGAAUUUAGGAUUAAGUCGAGCUAUUUACUUGAUUAUAUCUCUUUUUUAUGUAGUACAUUUUUAUUUUACAUCUGCUUAUGCGAUCAAUCGUGGUGAAAUUCGAUGCUGUUAUUCAGAUUUAUUUAUAAUAAUUUGUAAGUAUUGUAAUUGUUUUUUAAAACAUCGAGAAAACGUGAAAAGUAAUCGUAACACAUUAACAUAAAAGAAUUAACGAAUUGAGAUUUUAGCCAACUAUAUCUACUUUAAGUGGUUGACGAUUAUUCACUAACACGCUGAUUACGCUAUUAAAGAAGAAAACAAUACGUAACUACGAUAAAAAAAAAAAAAUGUGUAAUUUAAAAGGAUCAGUUGGAAAGCGAAAGUUUAUCUAAAUAUCAUGUUGCCAAUAAACGAUUCAGCUGUGCUGAAAUGUCUUGUUUAAUUCAACACUUCGUUAUCCAUAUUUACGAAAUACGUGUAACAAGCUGAUAUUAAAUAACAAAUAUAACGAUUUGGGGCAAUUA